AUCAAAGUAUACAUCACAUUAUCAAUUUCCAAAAUGGUUUUAGGAUGGAGAAGAGCUUUUUGUACAUCUAUUCCUAAAGAACAAGAUUCCACAAGCACUAAUCUAGAUUGUUGUAUGGAAGACUACAACAACAUUAGUAGUCAUAACUCAACACCUAAAAUUGGCUCUAGAUUUGGUUUUUUUACUACCAAUUCUUCAUCAAACCCUUCCACGCCUCGGAUUCGAUCUCAUUCCGUUUCGACCAGUCCUCCUCUCGUUUGUCGAACUGUAGCCGCAAAAUCGGCUUCAGUUCCCGUGAGUCCGAAACUUCAUUGUGAGACGAAAAACAGUCCCCGGUUUUUAUUAAGAUCUUCUACUCCUUCUUCUCCUCGUUCUCCUUCUCCUUUCUCUUUCCUCAAAUCCACCUUACGUUUAAACACGAGAAGAUGUGGAUUGUGUUUACAAAGUAUAAAGAAAGGGCAAGGAAUGGCGACAUUUACAGCUGAAUGUUGUCAUACAUUUCAUUUUCCUUGUGUUUCUGAUUAUGUGAAGAGACAAGGAAGCCUAGCGUGUCCUGUUUGUAGCUCUUUAUGGAAAGAAAUGCCUCAUUUAUCUUUUGAAGACGACGAAAAAAAUAAUCGAAAAAAUAAGUGUGUCGAAAUAGAAGACGAAGAAGAAGAAAAAAGGAAAGUUAAAUUGGAUACUAAAAGUAUCGACGAUGUUGUGGUCGGCAAACAUUUGUUGCUCAAGGUUUAUAACGAUGACGAGCCUCUGGUAUCGUUGACGCCAAAGGCUCGGUUUAAUCCGAUUCCUGAAUCGGAUGAAAAUUGUGAUGAGGAUUUGGUUUGCGAGUUUCAAGGAUUUAAUGUUACUAACUCGCAAACCGAAUCCAACUUUGGUGUGAAUGAAGUUGAAAUUCAGUUGUCGCCCGAGGCAGCUGUGGUGGCUACCUCGAGGCGACAUCAAACGUAUGUGAUUGUUAUGAAAGUAAAAGCUCCAGCUGCACCGGAGAGAACGCAAAAUAGUAGUAGAGCUCCGGUUGAUUUGGUUACUGUGGUGGAUGUCAGCAGUAGAAUGAGUAUUGAAAAACUUGAGGUGGUAAAAAAAGCAAUGAAAUUGAUCAUUACGUCACUUUCGUCAUCAGAUCGGUUAUCGAUCGUUGCGUUUUCGACGUACUCGAAACGAUUAUUGCCUUUAAGAAGAAUGACACCUAAUGGAAGGAGAGCGGCUAGACGUAUUGUAGAAGCAAUGGCUGUACUCGAAGGUGUGUCAAAUUCGAAAGACGCGGUCAAGAAGGGGGUUAAAGUCCUAGAAGAUCGAAAAGAGAAAAACCCGAUCGCCAACAUUAUCCUCCUUUCCGAAGUCGUUGAUCGAUUAAAAAUUUCCGAACACGAACGAUUUGUUUCGUCUACUCGGUACCCAUGGCCGAAUAUAUCAAUACAUUCGGUAAAACUUGUUAUAGAUGGAGAUGUUUACACGUUAUCCAAACUCAUUGGAAAUUUGCUAAAUGUAAUGGUUCAGGGUGUUGAGUUAGAGUUAAGAUUUUCGUCGUCAGGAGUGAUCGCUGCGGUGUAUACGCGUACACCGCAGCCGACACUCCUGGGAUCAAGUACCGUAAAAAUCGGGGACAUGUUUGGUGAUGAAGAAAAAGAAUUAUACAUUGAAGUAAAAGGUUCAUUAUCAUCCUCAGUGGUGCGGUCCCACCAAGUACUAUCCGUGCGAUGCCGUUACAGGGAAUCAUGUGUACAUGAAAGUAUUUAUGGUAAACAACAAACAUUGAUGGUACCGCGUCCCCAGAGCGUUAGAUCGUCUUUGCCUUCGAUCCAACGGCUGAGGAAUCUUUUCAUUUCGACUCGGGCUUUAGCCGAGUCGCACCGGUUAGCCGAUCGAACGGAUCUAGUCGGCGCGUACCACAUGCUUGUAUCGGCUCGUGUUUUGAUGUUGCAAUCCAAGCCGGCUAAUGAUGAUGAAUUUGUGCUCGGCUUAGAAGCCGAGCUGAGCGAGUUGCAAAGGCGGCGAAAGGCUAGUCAAAGUCAAGUUAGAAGGAGAGGGAAAGCGGAAACGGCUGCACCGGUGACGGCUUAUACGGAUGAGAAAGGUGAGCCGUUAACGCCGACAUCGGCUUGGAGAGUGGCUGAUAAGCUGGCUAAAGUGGCUAUGAUGAGAAAGUCGGUAAAUAGAGUCAGCGACUUACACGGCUUUGAAGAUGCUAGAUUCUGAUGGAAAUAGUACAAGUAUAGGGGGUUUACUUUCAGUCCCUUUUUUUUAUGUUUUUUUACAUUUUUUUACCCUUUAAGAAUUGAAAGUUGUGAAAAAGUAAGUAUAAAGUGGUGUGGCCAGAGUGAGUAUAAUAUCGACAAAGAGUACCCGACGGUUUAAGCCUUUUAUAUGUCUAUUUAUAUAUAUCGAUUGAAAGAAUACAAAAGACUUGA